GGGCGCUCGUUGGUCGGCGGUGGGCGGGGCCUGCGAGCAGCUGUGGCGGCGCCUACGCGAAGAGGAGCCCGCAGCGCUGCCUAGAGAGUCAAGAGCGAAGCCCCCAGCCCAGCCAUGGCCUACGGCGGCCUCACGGUGCCCAUCAUCGUCAUGAGCGUUUUCUGGGGGAUCGUCGGCGGCGUCCUGCCCUGGUUUGUGCCUAAGGGGCCCAACCGAGGUGUUAUCAACACAAUGCUGGUAACCUGUGCUGUCUGCUGUUACUUAUUUUGGCUGAUUGCGAUCCUAGCCCAACUCAACCCUCUCUUUGGGCCACAGUUAAGCAAUGAAACAAUCUGGUAUCUUCAGUAUCACUGGCCUUAAGGAUAUCUGUCCUCUGUGCGGCAUUUUUUGUGGACUAGGUAAAGAAGAGAUUUCCUCUAGAUGUAAAAUCUCCGUUGAUCCAAAGAUGCCCUUAACAUAGCUGGUUGGAUACCAAGCCUGCUUAAUGCCUUAAUGUUUGUAUUGUGUCUAAAAUGGCUUAAUGAAAGCCCUAUAUUUUUUUCCUGGUUUCCUUUUAUACUGUUUAACAAUGUGCCUACUACAAAAUAUUUACACCUCCUUUUCUGUGCUAUAAACUUAACAUUUAUGUUCUCCUCCCCCCCCCCCCCUUCUUGAGGGCAGCCUCUUUCUUAUUCACAGUGUUGCUCGUACUCCAUGAGCUUUAUGACAUUUCCACACACUAGGCUGUCCACUUUAUGGUCUGAUUCACAGACAUGAUCUGUUUGACUACAAUUGUGUUUUAAUAAAAAAAAGUAUGUAGUAAAACUGGUUGUGGUGGAGAGAUGCUGCAUAUUUUUAUGGUAUUUAUUUUUUAAAAUUGAUCAUGCACUCAAAAUUUAGUCUUAAAUUGCUGUGUAAAAUCUGCUUUACAUGAAAUAGUCUUGUGAAGCAUCUUAUAGCUGGUAUAGCUAUUUUGAUUUUGGGUAGACUUCUGGAACAUUAAUCUUGCUUGCUUAGCCAAAUAAUUCACCUUCUGAAAUUUUCAGAGCUUUUGGUGUGCCUAUAUCCAAUAAUAGUUUUUCUUUAGCAUGCCGUCUGAAUGCAGGAGUUCUUGUCCAGCUGACUCCAGCUCCCAUGGUAGGGGUGUAUACUGAGAGCAGUUACUCAGCUGCUUUCCCUCUGGAUCCUUUGGUAUCAUGUUUAAAUUCUUCAGCUUCAGCAUUUGUGCUUUCCAUGAUGUAUUGUAAAGGCUUAUGACAAAACAGAGCUUGGUGCUUUGGGCUAAAAUACCAUCAAGAGUUGGUAUAGAAAGUCACCUUCCUAGUAAUAAAUUGUGCCUUAAGUUA